CCUUUUUAACAGCCUAUCAAACUGGGCGCAGUUAUAGUUUGGGACUAUCUCAAAAGUACGUAACAGACUGUCACGGUAGUUAAAAGGCUGCUAUUUGCAACCAUCAUAUACUCUGUUUUACAUUCUGUUUCCUAAGAAGCACUUCAGCGAUCAACCCUAAGACUACUUUGCUGCUGAAGCCAAAGCGGAAGCAUUGGGGAGUACGUGGCGGUGAGGGGUUUGUCUGAUACACACCGGGCUCUGAGGGCUUGGAGUCGGUCACUAUUCAAAUAAAGCGGGCUGUGCCAAAGGGGCCUAGUUCCCUCCCCCUGUCCGGUGUCGAGUUUAUAAAUGGGAGUGACGGGGUGAGCUCGGAAUGCUGCUCCGGUUGCGGGGUUCUCUCCGGCAGGUGGUGAAUCAGAUGGCCCGGAGACCUGCAUUGCUGUGCGGAGCCAUCGUGCUGAGCUGCAGCCUGAUUCUUGCAAUAACGUUCACCUGCAGUGAGACGAAGCAGGUUGUGUUCCCCGCUCAGCCGCCCACGCGGUUCUUCUCUCCCGAUUCCCCGGUAGUGGACCUGUACCUCGGGCAGCUGGACGAGGCGGAGUCGCUGCGCAGCGCCUCCGAGGUCUCGCUGCUCUAUUUCUACGCUCCCUGGUGCGGGCAGUCCAUCUCCGCCAGAGGAGAGAUCGAGCAGGUCGCCAGGAAGCUGGCAGACCAGGUGCAGUUUGUAGCUGUGAACUGCUGGUGGAACCAAGGGAAAUGCAGGAAGCAGAAUAACUUCUAUCACUAUCCCGUCAUAUACCUGUAUCACAGAAGGUUUGGCCCCAUUGAGUACAAUGGCCCCAUCACGGCUGCCUAUGUGGAGAAGUUCAUUCGCAGGGUGAUCACUCCUCUCCAGUAUGUUCCUUCCCGGGCCGGACUGCAAGACUUCUUGUCUCAUUAUGAGCCAGGGGUUCUGGGGUACUUUGAGUUCAACGCCUCUCCACAGCCCCCUGGGUACCUGACCUUCCUCACCUCGGCUCUGCAGGCUCUCAGGAGAGAUUUCCAGGGUGUCAUGCGUUUCGGGGUGAUAACAAGUAAGCAGGUGGCAAAAGCAAUUUCACUGGACGCUCCCGGGACAGUCUACAUGCACAGACACUUCAACACGUCUCUGACGUUCCCGAGCCACGUGCUGAACUUCACCUCAGAGAACAUCUGCCGCUGGGCCUUGGAGCACCGGGAGUGGCUGGUGCGCUGGCUGCGUCCUCACGGAGGGAAGAGCCGUGCUCUGGAGCAGGAGCUGAGGAAGGGGGCCGCGCUGAUCAUCUUCCUGCCCUUCGACCCGCUGGCCCCCAGCCAGCCCCUCGUAGAGGAGGUGGCAGAGAUUGCUGUGCAGUAUCACAGCUGCAAUGGCUCAUCCUGGCCUGGCUUCAUGGAGCCAGAAGUGUGGGGCGAGCCUGGCUCCCUGAGCAGAGCCCCCUGCUGCAACACGCUGGCUCUCCCGCACUGGCUCUCCGUCUCCAGGACUCAUAAUGUCUGUGAGCUCUGCCUCGACCAGGCCCUCGGGCCCUGGCAUUGCCCCUCCCUGGACUCGCUGUACCUCCGAGAGGACUUCUUCACACAGCCCCUCUCCGGGAAGGUGCAGUGCAGCCACGUACUGAGCUCCUCCAGCCCCCUGGACUACUACACUGCCUGCUGCUGGAGUCUCAGCAAGGGCUCCUCUACACAGCAGGACAGCCGCGCUGCGCUGCCUCACAUUGAGGACCGCGGCUCUGCUUCUGCACACAGCGCUGUCACAGGGCUCAAGUGUAGGACUAAUAAGACCCUGAACUUUUACUUGCUGGACUCGGGGCUGCACUGGGAGUUUGCCAGGAGGCUGGGCGCCCCCGAGAACGCCAGCAUGAUGGGGUUUGCCACUGUGCUGAACCUUCAGGAUGAGGUGCACCACGUCCUGAACCAGGAGCAGGGCAUUGUGAGAAACACACUGGAGUCCUUCAUUCAGAACUACAGCGCCCCCUACAGUCCCCUGCAGAGGCACCUGGUUGGGGAGGCGGCGCGGGAGCCUGUGGGAGAGUCUUUAAUCACCACGGUGACCACUCGGACAUUCCACAGAGCAGUGAUGGACCCUGAAAAGGACGUCCUUCUCUUCUAUUACACUCAGUGGUGUGGCUUCUGCUCCGCUCUCAAUCACGUCAUCAUCCAGCUGGCCCGUCUCUCCCUGUCCAACCCGAGACUGGCUGUGUGCAGAAUAAAUGCUGCCAAAAAUGAUCUCCCGUGGGAGUUUAUGGUGGACCGUUAUCCAACCAUUCUGUUCUUCCCAAGCGACAGGAAACACCAAAGCGUGAAGUAUCCUGAAGACGCUCCCAUCACCCUCCCCAACCUGGUCCGAUUCGUGCAGCGGCACAGCAGCCCGCUCCGCUCCUCCUCCUCCUCGGCUUUCCACCAAGAGAAGGAACCGCUGCUGCAUAUGCCGUCUCCACCGGACAGCAGGGCAGACACACGCCAGGGAGAGUCCGAGAGCCUGCUGUCCCAGAACACGCUGCAGGAGAGGGAGGGAGCCGAGAACCUGCUGCCCCAGAACACGCUGCAGGAGAGGGAGGGAGCCGAGAACCUGCUGCCCCAGAACACGCUGCAGGAGAGGGAGGGAGCCGAGAACCUGCUGUCCCAGAACACGCUGCAGGAGAUGGGGGGAGCCGAAAGCCUGCUGCCCCAGAACACGCUGCAGGAGAGGGGGGGAGCCGAGAACCUGCUGCCCCAGAACACGCUGCAGGAGAGGGGGGGAGCCGAGAACCUGCUGCCCCAGAACACGCUGCAGGAGAGGGGGGGAGCCGAAAGCCUGCUGCCCCAGAACACGCUGCAGGAGAGGGGGGGAGCCGAGAACCUGCUGCCCCAGAACACGCUGCAGGAGAUGGGGGGAGCCGAAAGCCUGCUGCCCCAGAACACGCUGCAGGAGAGGGGGGGAGCCGGCGGGGCUGCCCAUGAGGAGAGCCUGUCUCCAUCGGACAGAGGGUCAGACACACACCCGGAGGGAUCCCCUUGUAAAUGAGAUGUGACUCAAGGGGUCUCUCCUGCUUGAAUGGAUCAAUAUUGGAGGGGGAGAUGCAGCCAGACUCCUCUCAACACUGUCUAAGUUUUACAAUCGGCUACUGAUGUUGUUUUAACAAGACGGCACACAUUUUGAUUUUGUAUGUUUCGGAAGGUUCUUUUUUUUUUUUUUUUUUUUCCCUCGAGCAAACUGUCAUUAAAACAAUGUCUUUUUUUUUUUUUUUUUAUGUUCUAGCAAUUAUGCAGAACUUGAUGAUGAUGAUGAUGAUGAUAAUAAUAAUAAUAAUAAUAAUAAUAAUAAUAAUAAUAUUUAUUUUUGCAAGACUUCCCUGCAGUCAAGAAGAAUCUGUUCUUUUUAAAAAUAAAUAAAAGAAAUGCUGCAUUUGUUUACACAUCAGAUGUUGUAAAAAAAAAAAUAAUAAUCUGUGCAAGUUAAACUGUGGGUUAAUUUACUCGGCUUUUGCGAUGUUUACUUAUCUUCAGCUUUUUAUAAAGACAAUUGUGUUGUUGGCAGAACAGUGGAGCAAUGGAAAAAUAAGCAUGUCCAUUCAGACUCUGCGUUUCAAGCGGAACGGACUGUAAUGUAGAACAGAAAUGACUUGCAAGCAUGUGGAAAGUAACUACAAAGUUUUAUUGAGUUACAGAAGGUACACAAAGCCAUGAGAGCAGAUGGAGAGAGACAGCAUGUAGCAGAUUACACUCUCGCAAUCCCAGCACAGGGACCACAGCGCUGCGCAUACUGCCAGCAGGUAAAGGGUUAAUAACGCUGACACACUGAGAAGCCAAUGAGGUUUUCACUUGCACACUUUCCUCAGUGAGGUUUUCACAUGCACGCUUUCCUCAGUGAGGUUUUCCAUGCACACUUUCCUCAGUGUGGUUUUCACUUGCACACUUUCCUCAGUGAGGUUUUCACAUGCACACUUUCCUCAGUGAGGUUUUCACAUGCACACUUUCCUCAGUGAGGUUUUCACUUGCACACUUUCCUCAGUGAGGUUUUCCAUGCACACUUUCCUCAGUGUGGUUUUCCAUGCACACUUUCCUCAGUGAGGUUUUCACAUGCACACUUUCCACAGUGUGGUUUUCACAUGCACACUUUCCUCAGUGAGGUUUUCACUUGCACACUUUCCUCAGUGAGGUUUUCCAUGCACACUUUCCUCAGUGUGGUUUUCCAUGCACACUUUCCUCAGUGAGGUUUUCACAUGCACACUUUCCACAGUGUGGUUUUCCAUGCACACUUUCCUCAGUGAGGUUUUCACAUGCACACUUUCCUCAGUGAGGUUUUCACUUGCACACUUUCCUCAGUGAGGUUUUCACAUGCACGCUUUCCUCAGUGAGGUUUUCCAUGCACACUUUCCUCAGUGAGGUUUUCCAUGCACACUUUCCUCAGUGAGGUUUUCACAUGCACGCUUUCCUCAGUGAGGUUUUCACAUGCACGCUUUCCUCAACGCAGCUUAGA